AUGGACGUUAUUGAGUCUUUGCCAUUGGAUGACAGUGUCGCUGAUGAAUUAAGAUAUAUUGACGAAGGUGGUUUAUCUAAUGAAUCAUUUGACAAAGAUCAUAUUGAAGAAACAGCAGUUCCACUAAUUCCGAGACAAAGUCAAGAAUCCGCUAUAAUAAACCAAAUAAAAUGGCCAAGAGCUUCACCUAUUCCCAUCAAUGAAUUUACACACUCCGGUUAUAUUCCACAAGCAUUCCCCCAUUUGUUCCCAAACGGUGCUGCAGAUUUCCUUGACCUAACUAGGAACAUCAAGGUUUCAUUUCGAGAGUGGUGUGAGUUUCUUAUGAGAUAUGAAGACAAACGAUUUUCUCAAGAUCCUCGAUUCCGAUUUUUCUGCUUGAAUACGAUGCAAAGACACGAUGCCUGUCGACAGAGUGCUAUAUUCGCAAAAAAAAAUGACUUUUGUGGUAAUAUAGCACAGUUAGAAGUGGAAGUAGCUAGAAACCCGUCAAUAAUAAAACGUUUGCUGACAUGGGGUUCCAAAAUCCGUGGCACUUCAUCAUUUUGGUACCAACGACGUUUAGAGCUUCAGUCAAUGGUUAAUCAGCUGGGCGUACCAACAUUGUUUCUUACGUUAAGUGCAGCAGACCUUUGGUGGAGUUGUCUGGCGAGGCAUUUUGGUAUAUCUGUUGAAGAAUUAAAUUUACUUACCGAGAAGCAAGCAAGCCAAGUUAUGCAAGAAAAACUUAGUGAAAACCCACUUAUUGCAGACGAGUACUUUUCAAAGCGUGUUUGCAUUUUUAUGGACAUAUUGAAGGAAAAGUUAAAGAUAACAGAUUUUUGGUGGCGUUUUGAAUACCAACACCGCGGUAGUCCUCACGUUCAUGCUGUUCUUUGGCUUGAAAAUGCGCCUGAUGUCCGUACAUUCGAUACUGCAUCAAUUGAUGAUUUAGCAGUUCAUAAGGCAUAUUAUGACACUAUCGUGUCAGCUUACAACCCUGGAAUAGACGCACCAAGAGCUGAAAAGCAUCCUUCAAGUGUUUGGGCAACUGAUAUAGUUCUGGGAGAUCCAAUACAUUUUGCACAACUAUUGAACAGAGUGCAGCGACACACUCAACACAGUGUUUACUGUCUAAAAGAUCCCUCACAUCCACAAGAAUGUCGCUUUAAAUUUCCAAAACCAAAAUUGUUGGACUCUACAUUGUCAAGAGACGAACAAGGAGUUUGGCAAUAUAAAUCAAAGCGUAAUGAUGAACUCUUGAAUGACCACAACCCCUUUGUGUCCCAACUGUGGCGAGCAAACACUGAUUGCAAGAUCAUAGCAUCUGAACACGCUAUUGUAAACUAUAUAUCGAAAUAUGCGACAAAAGGAGAACCCCAGUCACAAGAUUUUCAAACACUUUUCAAAGAAAUCAUGACUAGCUGUACACCCAAUGAUCACGCAAAAAAGGCAUUCACCAAAAUGUUAACUAAAGUGAUAGGUCAACGAGAUAUUUCAGCAUGCGAAGUCAUGCAUCUCCUCACGGGCGAUCCUCUGUACCAUUCCAGUAGGCAGUUUGUAAAGCUAUACAUUUCUACUGAUGACUAUGUUGCUGUGGCAAAUACAAGUACAGAUACAGAUGAGUUUAUACAAACUUCUAUCAUGGAUCACUAUGCUAUGAGAUCAGCAACACUUGAGCCAAUGACGUUAUGCGAGUUUGCCACAAAGCACAAGAUUGUUCGUGGUAGGCUUAUCAACCACAGAAAAUCACGUGUCCUUCAGCUUCGUCCGGUAGUAAAACCUGGAAUAAAUGAAGAAAAUGAUGAAAUUUACUACAAGCAAAAAUUACUGAUGCACAUUGCAUGGCGAAACUGCGAAGCUUUAAAGACACACACAACAUGGAAAGAAUCCUUUACUUCACGGAACCUUUCAUUGUGGGAACUACCAGAAAUUGAAGACAUCGAUACUGACCACGUAGUACUACCAGAAGAAGACCACCAUGACUGGCAGGAGUUGGCAAGAACACUUCCCAACCAAGCACCUCAGGAUGUGAUACUAGGUUACCGUGAUAUGGAUCGAGAGUACAAUGGGUUUGGCACUUAUGACAAAUAUCCUGGACUAGAAGAGAACUUAGAUUUCAUACAGAAACAGAAAGAAAUACAAGUAAAUAUUACAAACGAUCAUUCUAAUAAUGUGUUAUCGCCUAAUGAGGGUCAACAGAAAAUACUGGACCACCUAGCACAGCAACUAGCGAAUGAAUCAAGUGAAAAGCUUACACUCGUGCAAGGGGGGGCUGGAACCGGAAAGUCAUUUAUUAUAAAUAAAAUGGUACAUAUGAUUGAAUCCCUGUAUGGUAGCUCAAGUGUUAUUUUGAUGGCGCCAACAGGUGUGGCUGCCAAUAAUAUAAACGGACAAACAAUACACAACGCACUACAUAUAGUCCAAACACGAGGUGGUACUGUUUCCGAUCUUACAGGUAAGGCGGAGCGCCAAUUACAGGAAGAUUUCCGUACUGUCAAAGUAAUUAUUUGCGAUGAGAUGUCAAUGGUUGGCACUCGAAUGCUCUCCAUGAUAGACAAACGUCUGCGUCAAGCAUUCACUAAUCGUCAAGAAUUACCUUUUGGUGGUUGUAUUGUCUACUUUUUUGGUGAUUUCAACCAGUUGCCACCAGUUCUGGAUCGCACAUUACUAGCUCCAGCAGACCCAAGAAAAGUUUCUUCAAUUGAAGGAAGAUUUCUUUUUGAGCAGUUCAAAACAGUAUUUGAGUUGAAGCAGGUGAUGCGUCAAAUUGGAGAUGAUCAGAACUGUUUCAGAGAAACUUUAAAGCGUAUGGCUCUAGGCCAAUUAACUCUAUCUGACUAUGAAUUGCUUAAAACACGAUUUUCAUCAAACAACGUUGCUACAGUAAAAAGUUUCACAAGCGCAAUUCGAAUAAAAGCAAGGAACGACGCCGUACAUCAAUACAAUCAACUCAUGUUACGGUCUUCAAACAAGCCUGUUGCUUUAAUAAAAGCAAAACAUAACAACUUAACAGCAUGUGGUGCAUCAGAGGAUGAAGCCCAAGGACUACAAGCAACUCUGCAGCUAUCUCAAGGUUGUCGCGUAAUACUACGCCAAAACAUCUGGACCUCCCAAGGCUUGUGCAACGGCAGUCUGGGGAAUGUUGUUGAUAUUGUCUAUGGACCGAAUAGAUCGAUGGACGACUUUCCAAUUUGUAUUUUGGUCCAUUUUGAUGGAUACGAAGGUCCAACUUUUAAUGGCUCUCUUCCGAUAUUACCACUCACUGUUGGAUACCGAAAAAACAACGUGUCCUGUACAAGAAGACAGUUUCCCUUGCAAGUUGCCUAUGGUAUUACUGUCCAUAAGGCUCAGGGAAUGACAGUUGACAAAGCAGUAGUUGACAUUGGUACCACAGAGUUUGCCCUGGGUCUUACGUAUGUUGCAAUGUCACGGGUUCGGUCCAUAGAAGGACUUAUAAUUGAACCAGGCUUUUCUCAAGACCGCCUUCUCAAGUGUAUCAACAAUAAUGCGGGUUGGGAAACUAAACGUAGAGAACUGGCACGUCUGCGUUCACUUAUACAGCAAUGA